GAACCUUGGAAUAAAGUGCUUUCUCUCAUUCUUGUGUCUUCUCUCUGGAGUUCAAGUCGCUGUGUAGUUCUAGACUGCGGGUUACCGAAAUAGCUUAGGAACCGUAUAUAGCGUUCAACCUACACGACUUAUCAGUGGCGACGGGGAUGAAAACUUCAAUGAAUAUUUCCUUGGAGCAAUUAGAAGCUUAUAUGGUGCGUCAAGAAAAGAGGUUUGAAGAGUCCCAAAUUAGAAUCAUGGAAACCCUGAUGCAGAAAUUCUGCCUGUCCGGGAAAAACCCUGCUUCUAGUGAAUCUCAAGUAUCACAUACUGAUUCAGUCAUUAACGCCAUCCAUGACUUUAAUUUUGAUGGUGUAGCAGGUGUAACUUUCGAGUCGUGGUUUAAGAAGUAUGAAGAUUUGUUUUAUAUUGAUCUUUGCAAACUGGAUGAUGCUUCAAAAGUCAGAAUACUUCUUAGAAAACUUGGUACUAUGGAACAUGAACGCUAUAGCAACUUCAUUCUUCCGAAGAACCCACGAGAUUUUAGUUUUGAUGAUACAGUCAAAACCCUAUCCCAAAUAUUCGGAGAACAAUCAUCUCUAUUUAAUAUCCGUUACCAAUGCUUAAAGUUAACAAAAGAACCAGGAGAUGAUUGGGUAAAGCAUGCAGGAACGGUGAACCGAGAGUGUGAGAGGUUUAGAUUGUCGUCCAUGUCUGAAGAUCAGUUUAAAUGCUUAGUGUUUAUCUGCAGCCUGCGUUCACCCGAAGAUGCCGAUAUCCGAACCAGACUCUUAAGCAAACUCGAACACUGCCCUAAUAUGACCCUGCAAGAAGUGACUACUGAGUGCCAAAGGUUAGUAAACUUAAAGCCAGCACUAGACUUAAUGGGGUUGGACCUUAUAGAAACACUUAAACUAGCAGAUCAUUCUAUCAACAGUAUCUGCAGACGAGUAAGUACAGACAACACCCCAGAAUGGAAUCAGAAAAACGCCAUGCUACAAAGACAUCAAAGCGUGUUUAGAGAAGGAUUGGGAGAAUGUACGAAAGCUAAAGCACUGUUAACCUUAAAACCUGAAGCUGCUCCCGUUUUUCGACCUAAAAGACCCGUACCCUAUGCUGCUCUUCCAAUAGUUGAACAAGAAUUACAACGACUUCAGCAAAUGGGUGUUAUCGAGCCUGUGAACUUCUCGAAUUGGGCUGCACCAAUAGUGGUGGUCAAGAAGUCGAAUGGAAGUGUUCGUUUAUGUGCAGACUACUCCACGGGAUUAAAUGGAGCGCUACAGUCUCACCAGUAUCCGUUACCCUUACCAGAAGAUCUUUUCGCUAAGCUGAACGGUGGCAGAUAUUUUGCAAAAUUGGACUUAUCAGACGCAUACCUACAAAUUCCUGUAUCUGAUGAAAGCAAAGAUCUCUUAACGAUCAACACGCACAAAGGUCUGUUCCGGUAUAACCAACUACCUUUUGGGGUAAAGACAGCGCCCUCUAUUUUCCAGCAAAUUAUGGAUACCAUGUUACAAGGUAUUCCAGGAGCUGCAGCUUACCUAGACGACAUCAUAAUUACGGCAGUAGAUAAAAUGGACCUGCAGAAGAAACUGGACCAGGUACUAGAACGCAUAGCUGAUUAUGGUUUUCGCCUCCGGGCGGAAAAGUGUGACUUCUAUAUGCAGCAAGUACGGUACCUUGGGUUCAUAAUAGAUAAAGACGGAAGACGUCCAGAUCCAGAGAACAUUGAAGCAGUGAACACAAUGCCUAGACCCAGGGACGUUACUACCCUACGAUCAUUCUUGGGAUUGGUCAGUCAUUACGGUACCUUUCUCCCCGAUCUCCAUCGUCUACGUGCUCCACUAAACAACCUACUACAAAAGAACUCAAGAUGGAAUUGGUCUGCAGACUGCCAAGCAUCUUUUGAGAAAAUCAAGCAACUCCUAACUUCCGAUCUCUUAUUGACACAUUAUGAUCCUUCUCUACCGAUAGUCGUCGCUUCAGAUGCUUCUAACUAUGGUGUGGGCGCAGUUAUCUCUCACAUUUUUCCUGAUGGGUCUGGAAAAGCUAUCUCACACGCUGCCAGAUCUCUGACAACGACCGAAAGGAACUAUAGCCAAAUCGAGAAAGAAGCCCUAUCAAUUAUCUUUGCAGUGAAAAAGUUCCACAAGAUGAUAUAUGGUCGACAUUUUACCCUAAUAACAGACCAUAAGCCACUACUUGCAGUUUUUGGGUCAAAGAAAGGAAUUCCUGUUCAUACAGCUAACAGACUACAACGAUGGGCAACCACACUUCUGGGUUACGACUUCAAGAUCAAGUAUCAGUCUACUACCGCUUUCGGGCAAGCUGACGCAUUGUCGAGAUUAAUAGGCUCUCAAUCGAAAACCCCGGAGGAGACUCUUGUAGCAAAUAUAAAAGCCGAGGAAGAAGUUCAUCGCGUGUUGGAUGACGCAGUUAAUGGACUCCCAGUAACCUUUGAAACUAUCAAGAAGAUAACUGAAAGUGAUAAGAUACUGAGCUCAGUUAAAUGCUAUCUCUUGACCAAAUGGCCAAACAAUCGCCUUGACGGAGAACUUUUGCAAUAUUUUCGUCGACGGGACUCUCUAAUGGUUGUUGACUCCUGUAUUAUGUUCGGUGAUCGCAUUGUUAUUCCGAAGUUAUUACGUCACAAGGUUCUCAAGCAGUUUCACAGUGGCCAUCCUGGAAUCAGUAAAAUGAAAUCUUUGGCUCGUAGCUAUGCUUAUUGGCCGUCAAUGGACAAAGAUAUCGAGAAUAAAUGCCGUAACUGUUCAUCAUGUAUUCAAGCCGCUAAAAAUCCUUCGAAAUGCGAACCUCAGCGUUGGCCUAUGCCCGCGGGACCCUGGGUAAGACUUCACGCAGAUUUUGCCGGUCCAAUCCAAGGGAAAAUGUUUCUAAUUAUCGUAGAUGCAUUCACUAAAUGGCCGGAAGUAUACAUCAUGCCAAAUUGUACAACGUCAGAAACGAUCCGCAAGUUGUCUACCCUAUUUAGCAGUUUCGGAGUACCAGAGACCUUAGUGACGGAUAACGGCUCUCAGUUUGCCGCAGAAUCGUUUAAACAUUUCUGUAGAACAAACGGAAUAAAUCAUCUUCGUUCUCCACCCUAUCAUCCACAAUCAAACGGACAAGCAGAGCGCUUUGUGGACACUUUUAAACGAGCAUUACUGAAAGGGGGAGGAGAAGGGGCGACUGAGCAGGUGAUCACAAAAUUUCUAACAUCAUACAGAUCCACCCCAAACCCAAAUGUUCAAGACGGCAAAUCUCCCGCGGAAGCCAUGUUUGGAAGGCGUAUUCGAACAGUCUUUGAUGCCAUGUUGCCAUCCAAACUAGUGGAUGAGCGUAGUCGCGACCCAAGUAUCCGGAACUUCAGUAUUGGCGACAAAGUCUACAUUAAAUCCUACAUCGGGAAGAACCGAUGGGAGCCGGGCGAAGUGAUGCAAAAACUGGGAAGAGUACUGUACAAAGUUCGAGGAGCUUUUGGGACAUGUAUACGUCACACAAAUCAAAUCCUUAAGGACAAAAGAACGGUGCAGACUGGAAGUAACCGGCCGACUUUCCCGUUAGAUUUAAUCUUAGACGCACCAAUGCCACAAACGCCCAGGAACACUGAAAAGUCUUGGACAAGAAAGACGACAAGAAUAAUGGGACGCCGACGCAAUCCAGUUAUCAAACUACAAGUGGAUCCCAGAAAGAAAUCUUAUUCGGGGGAGGUGUUGGGUCGGCUUCCGGAGAACUUCAACGGAGCCUCCAGAGGCCCACAAGGAGCCGAAGAGUCCUGGCCAAUCAGAGUGUGAUGGAACGUUCUAGAAUUCCAACGUGGCGUGCUACUAUUGGUCGGUAGCAUGAUGUGUUGUUAUCGGAUUGGCUGUAAAAUGAUGUUGAUUUAACAGACGCCAAAAUCUAUAAAUACCCAUGAUUUUCUGUACAAGAAUGAACCUUGGAAUAAAGUGCUUUCUCUCAUU